AGCAUUUAUGUUUAAUCCCUGUAAUGAUCCAUGCAUUUAUGUCUUUCUCUAUGCAUGUUCCCUUAAGAUCUUUUGCUUAAAAAGCAUCAACAGCUGCAUAUGCAUCUCUCAAUAUGUUAGAGCUAUUUAAGGCUGCUGUCAACAUUGCACAUGGGAAAUGCUUCAUAAUAUAUUGUCUCAGAAAUACAUGUACAACAGUGUUAGCUUUUUUAUGCUAGCCUGAACCCAUAAUGCUUUGCUUGUAUAAUGAGAGCCCUGUCCCUUUGUGGUUGGAUAGGAGGAGCUAUGUGCUGUAUUUACUCACCUCACAUAGGGAAUUUCACCAGUAACAUCAAAACAAACACUGCAAGGGUGAUUGUAGCCAACGGAAAGGAGAAGAUAAAUAGAGUGUGCAUUCUCAGUGUCAAUCAACCAGAUUGCAGGCUGAUGCUUUUUAUUUGUAUUUAAGGGAUUAAGUUGAUGCAACGUAAUUUUUUUUUUUUUUUGUUCGGCAUGGCAAACCCCUUUAACAAUCCUCUGAUAUGGCAUGAAGUCCCAGAUUUUCACUUUCUAGAAUGAAAAGGAGCAGACGGCAAAGACAUGGUAUGACCUUAUCCUAUAUCUGUAUACUGAAAACUACAUCACUUCCUUCCCAUCUCUAACUGCACCACUGCUCUCCCUGCUUUGAAGAGGAAGUCCUGGUCUGUUAAAUCCACUACGGCUAAACCAGACAGGCAUCAUCCAAUGAAACCUGGGAGAAAAUUGGAGACAUUCAGCCAUGCUCACAAGGACAAACAUUCUUUGCAAACUAGGCGUACACCAGAAGAAAUUGUAUUGCUUGAUGCAAGCCAACCUCAUUACAAACAUUCUGUUAAUGAGAAACUGUACACGGAUAAUCCUAGACAGCUAAAAAGAGUGAAUGUUCGUCAAGCAAAAUAUACUGUGCAGAAAGUGAAGAAGGAGUCAUUAGCAGAGUGUUGUCAGUGUAGCCAACUUCAAAAUGACACCAGCACUUCAAGAACUAAAUUACAAAGCAUUUCCAAAACUGCAGAGACUGACUUGCUGCAACCUGUUUAUUUAAGUGAGCAGCAAGUAUUAGCUGGGAACCUAAGUAGCAGGUCAUCCCAUGAGAAUGUGAAAAACUCUGUAUAUGAAAGAGAAUCUUUGGAUAAACUAUUCCUGGACUUUGAGUCAGUUGGAUUCAGAAAAGAAGAUGAGGACAGUGCCAGUGACCUUUCUGAUUCAGAACGACUACCCAUCCUACCAUCCCCCAUUAUGCCUCCAGAGCUCAAUCUUCGAGCAGAAGAGAUCAAGCCUGGAUAUUUCAGCCAUUAUGUAGAACAUGACUGCAAAAGUUAUGGUUAUCCAGAUUUUCUCCCUCCACCAUACAGCUCCUGGAACCUUGGCAAGGUCUCCAUGUUUGCAAACAAGGAAAAGAAGAAUACACUGCAAUCAACAGCAUCAGGUUUUUUAGAUAAAUAUGUUGAGCGUCUUCUCCAAUUAGAAUGGCUUCAAAUGCUGACUGUGCAAACUGAAAAUGCAAAAACAGCCAAGUCCAGACCGCAAACUGCUCUCGGCAUGAGUCGCAAUGGAAAAUCUCCAAGAAAAAGCACAUCUUGGCACAGUCCAAUGCCCACUAAACAGAUAUCUCAUUCAGAUAAUAUUUCCAAAAGGAUUUCUGAAAAAGCUAAAAAUGAUCACAAACAAUAUCUCCAACAUGAGAGCUCUAGUACAACAUGUGUUCGCAAGAGCAGCCCAAAACCUCUUGGUACAGUGGAGAUACCUGGAGAGAUGAGACAUGUCAGAAAAAAAACAUUAAUGCCACAUUGUAAGCAAGCAAAAGACUUGUCCAUAAUUGGAAUACAGUCAGAUAUACAGAGUGCUGGCAACAUUAGACCUCAGAAGCAAAGCUCUCUGUCCGAAAAGCGCCCCAAAACCAGCAAAAUACCACAGACAAUCUACAGCAGAGCAAAAAGUAUACCGCAAACACAGUGAGACAUUCAACUAUAAAAUAAAACCUAAGUAAUAUAUAA